AAUGAAGUGAAAAGGGUCUGAAUCAGCAGCAUAUAUAGGCCUACCUAUGCGCAAACAGUAUCAGGGAUUGUGAAAGAGAAAGGGGGAUGCGGGGAGGGCUUGUGUGGGAUGACGGCUGCUUUUAAAGGUUUUGGCAAGCUGGUACUUUUUUUGUGCAUCCUAACACCAAUGUAUCUCUCAUAGAUGUUAAACUAGACCACAAGGAGGAGAUCGUUGGAUCCUCAAAUAAACCUGUUCGCUGGAGAAGACGUGGUUUCAGAAGCAUAAAAAUGGGAGGAUGAAACCAGGAGGCUCCCUAAGAAUCUGAUUAAGAACUACCCUACAAUGACGACAAGAGGGCUUACUGUUUUGUUUGAAACAGAGAAGGGGGUAGAUGCCCAGCUUUCCUCCUCAAACAACUCUUCAGUUGCUGCCUCCUGCAAUAUUGACGAGUCCUACAAGUACAUCUUCCUGCCCAUUUGCUACUCCUUUACAUUUGUCUUCAGUAUAACCCUUAACUUUGUGGUUCUCUACCGUUCCUUUCGACACACCAGGCACUGGAACGCAUCCCUGAUUUACAUGGUGAACCUAGCCACAACAGACUUCAUGUAUGGUUUAUCCCUGCCCUUUUUGGUGGCCAGUUAUGUCAUGCGGGACGACUGGGUGUUUGGAGACUUCAUGUGCCGUCUAGUGCGUUUCCUCUUCUACUUCAACCUCUACUGCAGCAUCUUCUUCCUCACUUGCAUAUCAGUGCACCGCUACCUAGGCAUCUGCCACCCCAUGAAGACCAUCACCUUGGAGACCAAACGAGCAGUUAAGGGGACUUGUGUUCUGGUGUGGAUUGCCGUUUUUGCACUAACAUGUCCAAUUUUCCGUUUUGCAAAGACACAGAAUCUUCCACGUGAAGGUAAGGGCUCGACGGAGAUGUUCAUUAAUUGCUGGGAUGAUGCAAUUGAUAAAGAGUUCCAUGAUUACAUCCCUUAUGGGGUCACGCUUCAUUUCUUGGGCUUUUUUGUGCCGUUCAGCAUCAUUGCCUGGUGCUACUCACGUGUAGUGUUAACAAUAUUUCGGACGCUGCACUCUCAACCUCCUCCUCCUCAAAGAGUCAGAAGUGGGACGGGCUGUGAAAGUGUCGCAGGAAUUGGGGGAGAGGGCAUGUCAAUCAUCUUAGGGGCUCAAUCACCUUAUGUCAACAGACGGCGCAAGUCCAUCAAGACCAUAAUUACCAUCACUCUCCUCUUUGCCCUUUGCUUCUUCCCCUUCCAUGUCACUCGCACUAUUUUCCUACUGCUGAAAGUGACGAGUAAGGUGCAGUGCCACACCUUGCGAAUGGUUUCCAUCUGUUAUAAAAUCACUCGACCCCUGGCAUCAUUCAACGCCUGGCUGAAUGCACUACUUUACUUUCUUACUAAAGAGAAAAACGGGCCCUGUUGUCAAAAACCUGAACAUGCCCAUCAUGGCCUGCUAUGGCCACUUAGAAUGAUGGGAAAAGGAGAGGAAGAGGAGAAUGAAUUUGAAGAGAUAAGGAACCACAAGGAAAAUGGUCCAACAGAUAAAAACAAUACACACAGAGGCCUGCCUUAAGUAAUGAGCAGGUAAACAUGUGACAGCCCAGGACAUCAACAAGUGAACCUGGUGGACCUGCCUUCAUAUGGGAUUUAUUUGAAACAAACAGAUGUUUUUGUUAUAUUCUCUGUAUUUGUAUAUUUCUGUGCGUUCACAUUAAACAUGGAGGAUCUUGUAGUUUUGUAUUUUCAAGACCCCUUAAAAAUUAUUUUACUUGUUGAUUGCUUGGGUGGUUAAUUAGUUAUUAUAUAUAUAUAUAUAUAUAUAUAUAUAUAUAUAUAUAUAUAUAUAUAUAUAUAUUUGUUAUUGUGUAUGUAUAUGUAUAAGGUUGAAUAUUGAUUUAGUUUUAGUAAUUGCAAACACACACACAUAUAGAAUAAUAAGUUAAUUUAUAAGGUGUCUUCAGUCUGCAGUUGUUGGCAUACCUCAGGGUGGACACAUUUUGUGCAGGGUCUAUGUUUAGCACUGUCAUGGAUUAAUAUGUCAUGUUGUGAAUAAUUAAACUGUUCUAAUAAACAUUUUCUGAACCUGUUUAAAUGAUAAUUUAAUUAUGACUGUGAUCUUUUGAAGUCACUAUACAUUAUUAAGCACUCUUUCAGAUUGGUAUGUCAUUGUGUGUGUACAGAAUCUAAAUUUAUUGUAGAAUAAAA